UAUAAUAGUUAAUGUAAAGUAUAUUUAAUUCAUUUUUUGAAAUAAAUUUUACUCUGGUAUAUUAUCGCUGACUUAAGGUUCUUUUCUCAAGGUAAUAUCCUUAAAAUAAUGAGUGACAGCAUAGCGAUGGAGCGGAAGGAGUGUUGCAGCAACAGAUCAGAUAUGUUUUUUAAUUUGCAAAAAUACAAAUCAGAGCUAUAUAUAAUUGUACAUGUUUAUGUCCACGGAUUGUGUUGGUAUCGCAGAUUAAAUUGAUCACUAUUAAUAUAUUAAUGAAGCAACACAUUUUGUUUCUGGGGUUUUCGAGAGGAUGAAUGUGUAUGUUAGAUAUAUACACUUUAUAUGUAUAUUUAUUGCCUUUGAUCAAAUUGUACUUUCCAGGAUUUUAUCGCAUAUCUUGGGAUUUUUAUAGUGGCGAUAACGAAUUCGCAAAAGUGCAAAAGUAUGUAUCAAAACUACACACAUUGCUGUGUUACGUUGAGCACAAUUAGAUUAAAAUUGAAAGACAGUUUGAAUUCCGUAGUUGUCAUGAAUGGAAUAUUACGCUACAAGAAAAAAUUAAUAAGGGGUUAUUUUAACGAAUGCGUAAACACCUCCACCGCUCAGAAGCCGAUACAGGGUAAUUUGAGAUUCCUAUUUUACUGCCUGUCUUAUUGAGAGGUUAUAUGCAAAAACCCAUUUUUUCAGGCUUAUAACCAGGCCUCGUCCUAUUUACCAGGUAGACUUAUUUGCCGGGAAAUACAGUAUUAUCUUCAUUCAUAAUAUCACCAACUCACGUCAAAAAAGCAACAAACAGCUUCAAAAAUUAUGAUUGAUAGCAACACAUUAAGCUGUAAGUCCUACAUUAUUAGUAUUAUGGUAAUUAUAUAGCAAUAUCAGAUUUGCUAUCUUCUAGCCUAUUUUAGAUCUCGGAACACUUUUUAAGACUUUUUCUCUCACUACGAUGCUGAACAAGCAGGGCACCAAAACCCCUUUUCCAUCUUUGUCUAAAUGUCUGUCCCCCCCCUUUUGGUGAGGUCCUAGAAGUUGGUGUCACUAUGUGAUAGUCACUGGCCCAUCACUGUAUAUGUUACUUUUUUGCUCGAUGUUUAACGCGUUUUUAAAUUGGACAAUAAAUCGCAUAGGUCUUAUUUUUGCAUUGAAAAAAAAAUCAGCAGCUAGGUUAGCACUCAAUUUUUCAGUGUUUGUACCAAAGUUGUAGAAUUGUUUAAUUUUUCAUCGAAAUUUCAUUAAGAAUGAGUAAGCAUAGUCAUGCUAGACCUGGAAUAUAGUAAAAAAUGGCAUGUCACUCGUUACUCCAUUGUUAUGCUUCGUUUUGAUUCUUGUUUGCCCACUUCAGCUAAGCAAACAAUUUUUCAGGUAAGAUAUGGUGUGUUGUCUGGACAUGAACUGUGGUCUUUGUUAUAAAAGCAUCUUUCAAAUUAUAGGAGUGAUGAUUUGUACUUAUUCUGUGAUUGUUGACAGGCUAUGUUUGAUCAAGUAUGAUUUAUUGAUAAACCAUAGCUUAAGGAUCUAAUUUGUCAACAAGCUAUGUGUGCUUAGCUUAGGGAUAUAAUUGAUGAAUAUUGGAUCGAACAUAAUAUGUAGCAGUGUUGCCAUAGAAACAGUAUAAACAUAUAACUAAAAAAUCAAAUUCAUGCUGCAUAUUAUUUAUAAUGCAUCAUUUUUUCAAUUUCUUGAGUUUCUUAUGAUUGCUGUAGUUGGUGCUUUUGUAAUGUUCUGUUUUAUUUAUCUCUUUAAUGUUGAAAACAUGAAACCGUUUUUCGUUCAUGUCUUUUGUCUCUUGAAAAAAAUUAUAUUCAAUUACGUAACACAAUAACUUGUUACAAUUGUGAUUCGGAAUCUAUUGGUGUUUCUUCCAACGCUUUGUUACAACGGGGUUUGUCAGUAUCUGUCUGUGGCUAUUUUAAAACUUUGUUAUUUUAACGGAUGUGUUGAAGAUUUGUUUGAACUAUUUUUUAGUUGAGAUUAUGACUCAUGAUUCAUGAAGGUAGUUUUUACUGUGGCCCAUGCAAGUUUGAUUGUAAAAUUUUCAUCAGACUAUGUCUUGUUUUGUGUUUUUAGGUUUACUGGGCAACAAGCCUUGCACAACGUAAUGUAAUGGUAUCUAGGCCGUAGUGAAAUGAUUUUUACGCUGUUAUGGGUAAUACCCACGUGAUGUUUCACACGAUAGUACUACGUUUCGUAUUAUGUCAAUACAAGCUUGUAAGAGUCAACAAAACGAGAGAAAUAAGUCAAUAGUCUCCCCUAUCAACCUCAAAAAAGUCUAUUAUCAUCCAUUCUAUUGACCUCCCAGGUGGUAAUCAUAAAUUAUCUGAAUUGUUCGUCACGAUGUCUAGUUGUUUAUUCGAGUGUUUGAAAGAGGCAGGACUUGAGUGCUAUUACUCCAUGCUUCAACGUAGAGGAUUUGACACAGCUUUCAGUCUUCUAUACCUUCCACCUGCUGAACUACAAGACGUUGGAAUUACGACUGAUUUCGAUAGACAGAGGUUUUUACAACUUGUUCAAAUUAUUGCGUCAUUUCAUCAAGGUGGUGAACUUUCACCUCGUCGCCCACUUUCACCGUCCAGAAGUCCAAAAGUGAAGGAUAGGACUUCCUCACCGAGAAGAAAUUUAAGGACGGGAACAGACAGGCGUAGUUACCAAAGUUCAGAUUCUAGUAAUACAUCAGAGGAAUUACCCACUGGAUAUACAUUUUCACCAAGUAGAAAGCAGCAAAACAGUAUUGAUAAUCCACUGUUAAAGCGUGAUAGGCAAAGAAAUGUAAACAUGCCCGUACCAAUUUUGACGACAAACAGACUGCACAGGACUGGGACAAAAUUCAGCCCUACUAUGGAAGGUAUUACAUCUCAUCUAGAUGCUUCAGUGCAAAGGUCAAAUGCAUUUAGGGACCAUGAUGUUGUUGAAAAUCAUUCUGAUUAUCAAGACGGUAAUAACAAUGUCGCACAACCUGAGAAUGUUCCUCUGCAUAUAAAUUUCAACAACAAUCGACCGUCUGUGCUACAAUCACGUGCUGAAGAUUCAGAUGAAAAUGUAAUUGUUGCAAAAAAUAUCAGAAUGUCCACAGAGUCCCUGAAAAUUCAGAAAGUAAUGCGUACAAAGGGAUAUAAUUAUGGGCUUCCCAGAGAUGGUCAUAAAAAUAAUGGUGUCACUGGUUUGACACCUAAAAUGACGAGGUUUACUCCAGCAAGAAAAUCACCAUUUUCUAGAGCAAGACCUCAUUCAUCACCAAGUCCCAGAGAUUUAAAUGGAUUGCCACCAGGCCAAUGUCGGAUCACAGUUUGUGUAAGAAAACGUCCCAUUCUUGAACCUGAAUUCAAAUCUGGAGAAUUUGACGUUGUAACCUGCAAUGACGAAGAUGGUGGUAAAGUUGGAGGUCUCAUUGUUCAUGAACUAAAGCACACUGUAGACAUGUCUGAAUUUGUACAACAGAAUAUUUUUCAAUUCGAUAAAGUAUUUGCCGAGCGAGUAACAAACAAAGACGUCUACGAGGGUGCUGUCAAACCGAUGGUCGAUUGGACGAUGACACAGAAUCAUAGAGCAACUUGUUUUGGAUAUGGGCAAACUGGAGCAGGGAAGACACACACUCUUCUUGGUGAUGAUUCGGAACCAGGCGUCUUUUUCUACGCUGCUAAAGAUGUUCUUUCACGGUUAACAAGCCAGCACAGGAGAACAAAUCGUGGAAAACGUGGUUUUUCACUUUGCGUCAGUCUCUAUGAAAUUUAUUGCAGUCGCAUAUUUGAUUUAUUAAAUGGCCAUAACAGACUACAAGCUCUAGAAGAUAGCAACAAGCAGAUCCAUAUUCAUGGUUUGAAAUCUGUAAACGUUAGCAGCAUACAAGCAUUGCAAGAGGUUGUUCAUCAAGGACUGAGCAGUCGUAGUGUUGGUGUAACGGGAGCUAAUCAGGAUUCAUCAAGAUCUCAUGCAAUCGUACAACUUACAGUUCGAGACACAAACAAUUCUGAAUUCAGCAGGUUGUCAUUUAUAGACCUCGCUGGGAGUGAACGUGCAUGUGAUGCUUUAAAAGAUUCUGAUAAGCAGAAUAGAUUGGAGGGAGCUGAAAUCAAUCAAAGUUUACUGGCGUUAAAAGAAUGUAUCAGAUCUCUUGAUCUUGCUUUAGCGCACACACCUUUUAGGCAAAGCAAGCUGACACAGGUCUUGAGAGACUCUUUCAUUGGCAACAGUAAAACUUGUAUGAUUGCCAAUAUUUCUCCUUCACAUGGAAGUUUGGAACACACAAUGAAUACACUGCGAUAUGCAAGCCGAGUUAAAGAAUUGCAUCGUAAACCAGGAUCGACUCCAAGGCAGCAGCGUUGUCGCUCAACAGCGAAUUCAAAUCGUUCUGCACAGAGACGUCCGUACACCGCAGAUCCAACGUUUUCACAGGCACGGCCGAGCAAUACAACAUCGCGUACUCCUACAUUACAGAUUUCGCGUUCUGUAUCUAUUGAGAGCAGUAUGCAUGUCAUGGACUAUACUACUGCGUUCACAGGGAAUGGCAGGGAGAUUCCUAGGACUCCUCCUCCUACUAACUCGAACAGUAUGCUGGAUUCAACCACUUCAGCACAUGAAACGCCCCAACCAAGAGGACAAAGCAUAGAUCUUAGGCUUGGUGGUAGUGAAUCAAGAAAUGUUCCUAUGCAUAAGAAAUCGUCUAUUUUUACACCUGAAUCAAUCGCUGCAAGUUCUACACCUAAUAAAAAACCAAAUUUGCAGAAAGAACGCGCAAACAGGCAUGUCCUAACAGAAAUUUCUACAAAUGAAACUACAACGUCCAAUAGUACACCCACCUCAACACCGAGAUUUUUAAACGAUACUGAAUUGGUAGGCGGAGUGCCUGUUACAUCCAGUUAUACAAAGAGUAAACAAACACAUUUACAACAACAAAUCGAAAAUAUUUCAAAUGAGAGAAAACAGAGUCCGAAUACAACUGAAUCAACAAAUGAAAGAAUAAGUUCCGUUAGUACCUCAAGAACUUCAAAAGAAAAAUCAUCAGAAAAUUAUUCCAAUUCAAGCUCUGUAGCUGUUGAGCAUGGUUCAUCGCACGAACAGAAUCCAACUACAUCUUUAAAUUCAAAUCAAGAAACAAUUUUAAAUUCCACCAAUCCAACUGGAAAACAUAAUUCAAAAACUUCCCACAAAAGUAUUUCUGAAAGUGAAAUCUCUGAUACCGAUAAAUUAUCAUCGAAUCGGCGAAAGUUUGAAGCGAAAAGUGAGAGGAGAUCUUCAACGAGCGCUUUACCAAACACAAAUGAAAUUGUUGCUAAGAGUAUUGUUUCUAAAUCUCAGGAUGUUAUUUCAGUUAAGGUGCUGCCAGAAAGUACUAAAAAUCCAGGACUUCCAUCACCGCAGAAAUUCUUAACACAUCUCAAAGACAAACACAGUAUAAAAACAAAAGCGCUCAAACUUCAACUGAGGAAAGCAAGGCACAGGGCGAAAAUGGAAAAUCGAGGAUCUGAAGCAAUAGAAGAUGAGGGGCAAAGCAGUGAUCAUUCAGCAUCAAGUUCAUCAAAAAGCAAUCUGUCUACAUCUUCUUGUUCUACAUCUCGUAGCAAUUUAACUUCCAAUGUACAACGACAUCAUCAAGAAUUGAAUUCACAAAUCGAAGCAUCUAAUGCUGUGGGACCGGUUAUUGUAACUAACGCACAAACCCCACCAAGGUUACCUUCACCUAAGUUGGAUCGGUCCCUGCCACGUCGUAGUUCCAAGGUACUGUAUGGGUCAUCGUCUCGCAGUGCUUCACCAGGUACAGGUGGACGUAAUACUCCAGAUGAAAGAAGCUCAGUUUCAUCCAAUCCAGCAACAACGACAGGCCUUACCUCAGCUUCUGAACUACACGCUCGUCUAGAUGCCGCUGCUGCCUCUUUGAACAAACAUAGCGACAAUGAUGAUACCAGAACCUCUGAUUCAGAGAAGCCAUUGUCUUCAUCAACAAAGAAUAGAGCUAUAAUAGGAAGUAUGUGUUUUUAUUCUUUUUAGCUGAAGAAUAUUAGGGAUAUAUCUUAUUGGUGACAUUGUCGAAUAAACUGAGCUGAGACCAGAAAGUGGUAUCGAUAACAGCUGGGGCGCUGUGAUAGCCUAAUGGAUAAAGCUUCAGACUUAAUUGUGUUGGCAUCGCAGAUUUAAAAAAAUCUUAGGUUUAAAUGGCCCCCCAUCUCACCCAUGGUGUAGUAAAUUGGGAGGCCAAACUGGAAAGUUCGGACCCUUUCAAGUAAUACCAGUUGCUGCUUGUGUAGUGCAUUGUUCAGAGCGAAUGGCGUGAAUAAGUGUU